AUGGCUGAUGAAUGUCGCAGUCAAGGAAAAAGUGUGAUGAAAUUCCGUAUCCUUGGGAAACUCUACGUUUGGCCAUUGACCGGAAAAGCUAUCUCGAAAGUCGUGGAAUCUACCACUGAAUUGAACAAGGGAGACGACUACGAGUUCUUCUUGCCAUGGUUGGGAGGAGGUGUUUUGGUGGAAGGAUUUGGAGAAAGAUGGAGAACUCACAGAAAACUUUUAACUCCAACAUUCCAUUUUGCUAAGCUUGAGGGAUACCUGGAAGUUUUCAACAGUGAAUCGAAAAUUCUGAUCGAAUGCCUCGAAAAGUACGCGGAUUCUGGAGAAACCGUUGAUUUGUUCCCAUUUAUCAAACGCUGUGCUCUUGAUAUCAUUUGUGGUGCUGCAAUGGGAACCAAAGUCGAUGCCCAAUCCUAUCAUGAGCAUCCUUAUGCGAAAGCUGUGGAGGGGUUCAAUAGUUUGGCUAUUGCUCACGCUAUCAACCCACUUUACCAAUUUGAGCCAAUCUUCUGGGCGCUUGGACUGAAGAAACAGAAAGAAGAGUACCUACACACGAUGAAAACAUUCACUGGAGACGUCAUCAAUGAGAGAAAGAAUGCGAUUGAUUCUGGUGAAAUUGAGAAAGAAACUUCGAAAAGAAAGAUGAACUUUUUGGACAUUCUUCUAAACAGUGGAGAGUCCAAUGUCUUGUCAGCAGAAGAUAUUCGUCAAGAAGUUGAUACUUUCAUGUUUGCUGGACACGAUACAACUACCACUUCUCUGUCAUGGGCAUGCUGGAAUUUAGCUCAUAAUCCUGACGUCCAGGAAAAAGUUUACGAAGAAUUGGUGAAUAUUUUCGGAGAGGAUCCAAAUGAAGACGUGACAUCAGAGAAAUUGAACAAACUGGAGUAUACCGAAAGAGUGCUGAAAGAGUCCAAACGUCAAAUCUCGCCGGUCCCAGCUGUUCAACGAAAAUUGAUCAAUGAGAUGGAAAUUGAUGGAAUCACAAUUCCGUCCGGAGCGAACGUUGCUAUUGCUCCACUGGCUCUUCACAAAAACGCUGAAGUCUUCCCGAACCCUGACAAAUUUGACCCAGACCGUUUCUUGCCGGAUGAGAUUGCAAAGAGAAAUGCUUAUGACUACAUUCCAUUCUCUGCUGGACUCCGUAACUGCAUUGGUCAAAAGUUUGCACAGAUGAAUGAGAAAGUAAUGUUAAUCUAUAUUAUGAAAAACUUCCGUUUGGAGCCAAUGGGUGGAUUCAGCGCUACUAAACCAAUGUUUGAGCCCGUUGCAAGACCAUCAAAUGGAAUUCCUGUUAAGCUGAUCAGAAGACAAUAA